AUGUACGCCAUCACCGCCAUCGUCUCCGUCUUGGCUCUCGCCGCCAACCAAGUCCUCGCCUUUCCCGCCGAGCUGUUUCCCCGCCAGGGUUACGUUCCGAACUGCAAGACGACCUACUCCGUCGUAUCUGGUGAUACCUGCAAUGCCAUCAUCACCAAGCUCGGCAAUACCUUCACUCUAGACCAAUUCUACUCCAUGAACCCCCAAGUCGCCAAAGACUGCUCCAACCUGUACCCCGGCGAACUAGUCUGCGUCGCCCUGCAGCCCACCACCGGGCCCGUGUGCCCCGCUCCCACGCCCUCCAACACCGUCUCCAACUGCAACGCCUGCUACCACGUCGUCGAGGGCGACAACUGCUGGACCAUCACCCAGGCCAAGGGUAUCUCCUUCGACAACUUCCGCAAGUGGAACCCCACCAUCGACGCCUCCUGCUCUAACCUCCAGCUCGGCUACAACUACUGCGUUGGCGUCAGUGCUUGA